UUAAUUACAAUCUCCACCCUCCGCCAUUCACACGCUUUAGUCAUCAUCUUCUUCUUCCUCCUCUUUCUCUCUCUAUAAAAAAACCAAAAUCCAACCAGAGAGCUUCGUCAACUAUGGCGGACAACAGCCCUUACUCAAAUUUCUUAACAGGCUGGUUCAAGUUCAACCCUCUUCACCAUUACCCAUCUGCAAAUCCUCCUCCUCCUCCUCCUCCUCCUCCUCCUUCUUCUUCUUCUUCUUCUUCUUCCUCACACCCUCUUUACACCCACUUCUCUUACAACUUCCAUCAACAACAACACCAGUACCCAAACCCACCGACGUCUCCUCCUCUGCGAGAAGCCCUACCUCUCUUGUCCUUAACCCCAACAAGGAAACAAAAUCACGAGGAAGAAGAAGAAGAAGAAGAUCAAGAAGUUCAAGAAGAUGGAGAAGAUCGUCUUCUAUCUGCAACUACUACUACAACAACAACUACUCUUUUCUCAUCAGCAAGUGAAGACGACGAUGCUGCUGUUACGGUUGCACUGCAUAUAGGGUUACCAAGCCCUAGCGCGGCAGAGAUGGCGUCGGUGUUAUCUUCCUCAUCGGAGAUCAAUACAGAUAAAGAAAGAGAUAUUCAUGGAGGCGAUGAGUCUUCUGGGUACCCUAUAAGCAGACUCAACAAGGGUCAGUAUUGGAUCCCUACUCCUUCUCAGAUUCUUAUUGGUCCUACACAGUUUUCUUGUCCUGUUUGCUGCAAGACCUUCAACAGAUACAAUAACAUGCAGAUGCAUAUGUGGGGACAUGGAUCUCAAUACAGAAAAGGGCCGGAGUCAUUACGAGGCACCCAGCCGACGGGUAUGCUGCGGCUUCCAUGCUACUGCUGUGCGCCAGGUUGCAGAAACAACAUCGACCAUCCUCGAGCCAAGCCUCUCAAAGAUUUCAGAACUCUGCAAACCCAUUACAAGAGAAAGCAUGGAAUCAAACCCUUCAUGUGCAGAAAAUGCGGCAAGGCUUUUGCGGUAAGGGGAGACUGGAGAACCCACGAGAAGAACUGUGGGAAGCUCUGGUAUUGUAUAUGUGGGUCUGAUUUCAAGCACAAGAGAUCGCUUAAAGAUCACAUCAGAGCUUUCGGAAAUGGCCAUGGAGCUUAUGGGAUGGAUGGGUUUGAGGAAGAAGAUGACCCUGCUUCCGAAGUCGAACAAGAUAAUGACUCGUCCAUGCAGUCAAAGUAGGUAGAUUAAUUGGAUUAAUUUAGCUAAUUAUAUUCAUGCAUAUAUAAUCUCUAGUUAUAAGUACUGAGUACUAGUUGAAAUCUUUUGGAUUGAUAGGCUGAUUAUGAUGUUGAUGAUCGAGUUUAAUUUCUUAAUUAGUAAGAAAACAUAUAAUUAUGGAUAGAGCCGGUCUUAUAAGUAGUUGAC